UAACAAAGAUGUUUGCGAUAUAGCAUACAACAACAUUACUAUUCAAAGGAAUGCAAAAUGCCACAAUUGCUCAAUACACUGGCUACGAAAGAGCAAGUGACAUGUACGCCUUCCCGACAAGAUGGAAUCCCUUGCGAUUUGGAGGAUGAGAUACGAGUGUAUGGCUGUCGACUUAUACAAGAAGCAGGUAUGCUUUUGGGAUUACCUCAAGUGACUAUGGCAUGUGCACAAGUCUUGUUUCAGCGAUUUUGGUUCGUUUCUUCUUUGCGACAAUUCCGUAUGUUGGAUAUCGCGAUGGGGUGUUUGUUCUUAUCAAGUAAAUUGGAAGAAACGCCAAAGCGGAUACGGGAUUUGAUUAAUGUGUUUGACUAUUUGGUUAAAAGGGAUCAACAUCAGGCUAAGUAUCGCCCGGGACCACGAUCACACCAGCUGGGCAAAGCUAGACGGAAAGCGAACACUGCCUCGACAUCAAAUGGAACAGCUAACCAUCAUGCUCAGAUCCCGCCUUUCGAGUACAAGCCAAUGACAUACUUUGCCAAUGAAUUCUAUGAUACAAAGGAUGCAUUAGUGAUUGCAGAAAUGCAGAUCCUAAAGCGACUAGGGUUCCAAGUGCAAGUCAACCUCCCCUAUGCAACGAUGGUGAACUACUUACAACUUCUAGGGCUAACCGGAUCACAAACGCAAGAUUCUCCUGUCGCUCACGAUGGUCAAACAUUUGCUCAACUUGCAUGGGCAAUCUUGAAUGACUCUUUACAGACGACAAUCUAUUGCUUAUUUCCGCCUCACGUUGUCGCUGUUUCGGCUAUCUAUUUAACUUCAACUCUUGUUAAAGUUUCGCCUCCUUUACCACAACAACCUAAACCUUGGUGGGAAUUAUUCGAUGUGUCAAGAGAAGAAGUGCGGAUCGUUUGCAGCCACAUCAUGCGACUCUACAACGAUGAUCCGGGAGAGCAGUCAGAUUCGACAAAGCCAACAAACGAUCAGCCGUAUGUGGAAGCAAGUGGUGGAAUGGCCAGCCGAGUGAGAGAAGAGUGGGGUGGACUUGCUGAAUUCAGUGACAGGAAUGCAAUUCGUGAUUGGCUAUCGUACUAUGGCUCAUCUUCAACGAAAGGCAAAGAUGGUUAGCGAAAACAAGUAAACGAAGCAAAAUGCUCUUUCUAUACCCUAUUUUUACAAUAAUACUGUACAAUAACAAAAGCAAUAUAAAUAUGUUAUAUGAU